CUAUCCACAGUCUCUGGUCAUCCCUGUGCUGUCCACAGUCUCUGGUCAUCCCUGUGCUGUCCGCAGUCUCUGGUCAUCCCUGUGCUGUCCGCAGUCUCUGGUCAUCCCUGUACUGUCCGCAGUCUCUGGUCAUCCCUGUGCUGUCCGCAGUCUCUGUCUCUGGUCAUCCCUGUACUGUGUCCGCAGUCUUGGUCAUCCCUGUGCUGUCCGCAGUCUCUGGUCAUCCCUGUACUGUGUCCGCAGUCUCUGGUCAUCCCUGUACUGUGUCCGCAGUCUCUGGUCAUCCCUGUACUGUGUCCGCAGUCUCUGGUCAUCCCUGUACUGUGUCCGCAGUCUCUGGUCAUCUCCUGUACUGUGUCCGCAGUCUCUGGUCAUCCCUGUACUGUGUCCGCAGUCUCUGGUCAUCUCCUGUACUGUGUCCGCAGUCUCUGGUCAUCUCCUGUACUAUGUGUCUCUGGUCAUCCCUGUACUGUGUCCGCAGUCUCUGGUCAUCUCCUGUACUGUGUCUGCAGUCUCUGGUCAUCUCCUGUACUGUGUUCGCAGUCUCUGGUCAUCUCCUGUACUAUGUCUGCAGUCUCUGGUCAUCCCCUG